CCUUUCAGGAAAGUUUCAAACUCAGAAACGACUUUGACAGCAGACUUGAUGCACUAUGAGUGCAAUCACUGGUGGGGUAUAUCUGAACUUGGAAUCUUUGUGAACAUUUUGUGUGUUUAUUUUAAUCUGAUACUGACAACAGGACGUGGAAAAAAAACGACAAGAAGGUGGAGUUAAACAAGAGUAAAACUUUCAAGGCCACUAGAUUAUGACUCCUACUUGCUGACGUUAUGACCUCUCCAGCAUCACAGUACAAGAAAUACCUCUGACUAAGACAUUUUGAAAAAAAUCACAGCAUAUAAGCUAAGAAUGCCUGCCAGAGCACCAAAGCAUACUCUGUCAACAUAAGUGGUGAGCAGGUGGGAGACAUGUUGGGACAGAGUGUUUUUAUGAGGCACAAUGCUCACUGCACUGAGUCUAGCAUCCAUAACCAUGAAAACUGUACUGAGAUUACUGACAUAUACUUUAAUCCUUAAUGUGGCUGUAUCGGACUGUAAUAUUCAUUCUGACCAGGCAUUCAAGUCACAAGAAGAAUUCCUAUCAAAACUUGAAGACUAUGAAAUAGCUAUUCCAAUGCAAGUAGAUGAAAAUGGAGCUUUCAUUACGUAUGAUGUGAGAAGUCAACGCAAGACCCGCUCAAGACGCAGUGUGGGAAGCUUUCCUUAUGAACCUGCAGUGCAAAACGUGUACUACAAACUCACUGCACAUACAAACCAGUUCCUGUUAAACUUGACUUUACAUUCUAACCUCCUAGCAGAUCACUUUACAGUGGAAUAUUGGAAGAAGGGGGGCUUGGACUGGAGACAUGAUUUUUUUGAAGACUGUCAUUAUGUGGGGCAUUUACAAGAUCAGUAUUUAAAAACCAAAGUCGCCAUUAGCAACUGUAAUGGACUGUAUGGAGUUAUAGUGGUUGAUGAAGAGGAAUAUUUUAUCGAGCCUUUGAACAUUACCGACUUCAGUGACAGUAUGGAGGGCAGCCCCCAUGUGGUCUACAAACGCUCAUCCUUACAACAUCAGUAUAUGACUGCAUCGUGUGGUGUAUUAGAUGAGAAGCCAGGAAAAAGUAGACCCUGGUGGUUAAGAAAUAUGAAGAACUUUCCCCAUAAGUCAGCAUCAGCUAAUCAGACCCACAGAAGCCAGCUGCCUCUGAAGAGAUCGGUCAGCACUGAACGUUAUGUGGAGACCUUAAUUGUGGCUGACAAACUGAUGGUGGGCUACCAUGGUCGCAGGGACAUUGAGCAGUACAUCCUAGCUGUCAUGAAUAUUGUUGCUAAACUUUUCCAAGACUCGAGCCUUGGGAACAUUGUGAAUAUAGUAGUGACUCGACUUAUUCUUCUAACAGAGGACCAGCCGAACCUAGAGAUUGACCAUCAUGCUGGAAAAUCUCUGGACAGUUUCUGUAAGUGGCAAAAAUCGAUAAUGCAGCACAAUGGAGAUGGAAAUGCCAUACCUGAGAGUGGAAUUGCACACCAUGACACCGCUGUCCUUAUCACAAGGUAUGACAUAUGUAUAUUCCGGAACAAGCCUUGUGGGACUCUUGGUCUUGCCCCAGUGGGAGGAAUGUGUGAACCAGAACGAAGCUGUAGCAUUAAUGAGGAUAUUGGCCUAGCAACAGCGUUCACUAUCGCACAUGAAAUUGGACACACAUUUGGGAUGAACCAUGAUGGCAUCGGUAAUAUAUGCGGUGCCAGGGCACAAGAGACCGCAAAAUUGAUGGCUGCCCACAUUACAAUGAAAACAAACCCAUUUGUCUGGUCCAUCUGCAGCCGAGACUACAUCACCAAAUUUCUAGACUCAGGAAUAGGAUCCUGUUUGGACAAUCCUCCUCCCAAGCAAGAUUUCUUCUACCCAACUGUUGCACCAGGACAAGCAUAUGAUGCAGAUGAACAAUGCCGAUUCCAGUAUGGGGUCAAGUCCCGCCAGUGUAAAUACGGGGAAGUGUGCAGUGAGCUGUGGUGUCUCAGCAAAAGUAAUCGCUGUAUCACCAACAGUGUACCAGCUGCAGAGGGGACAAUCUGCCAGACCAAUACCAUCGACAAAGGGUGGUGCUACAAGAGGGAGUGUGUACCUUUUGGGACCAAACCACAAGGAGUCGAUGGAUCCUGGGGCCCCUGGUCCCCGUGGGGAGAAUGCAGCAGGACUUGCGGAGGAGGAGUUUCUUCAUCAAGCCGAGAAUGUGAUAGUCCCAGGCCAACAAUUGGAGGAAGAUACUGCCUAGGAGAAAGAAAACGUCACAGGUCAUGCAACAUUGAUGAAUGUCUCCCUAAUGCCGAGGAUUUCAGGCAGUUACAGUGCAGGGACUUUGAUGAUAUUCCAUUCAGGGGGAAGUACUACACGUGGAAAGUAUACAGAGGAGGUGGAGUGAAAUCAUGUUCCCUAAACUGCCUAGCAGAAGGCUUCAAUUUCUACACAGAAAGAGCUGCUGCUGUGGUCGAUGGAACACCGUGCUGGGAAGGAUCUAACGAUAUUUGUGUAAAUGGGGAGUGUAAGCAUGUUGGUUGUGAUCGCAUCUUGGGCUCAGAUACCAAAGAGGACAAAUGUCGUGUCUGUGGUGGAGAUGGCAGUACAUGUGAGACAGUAGAAGGCAUCUUUAACUUUUCUCUUCCGGAAGGUGGUUAUGAAGAAGUUAUCUGGAUCCCAAGGGGAUCAGUGCAUAUUGAUGUCCGAGAACUGAACAUUUCUCUUAACUACCUGGCUCUCAAAGGGGAUGGUGAACAUUAUUUCAUCAAUGGAAGGUUAAACAUCGAUCCACCUAGAACUUUUGAAAUUGCCGGCACAAUUUUCCAGUACCGGCGACCACCGGAUGAGCCAGAGUCCUUGGAAGCUUUAGGCCCUACAAACACAACACUGGUUAUCAUGGUUCUGGUUAGAGAGGAGUCUCAGGGUAUUCGAUAUCGAUUCAAUGCGCCUGUUACUCGCAACAAUCCAACAGGAUACACCUGGUAUUACAGCUCUUGGUCAAAAUGUUCAGCACUUUGUGCAGGGGGUAUCCAGACUCAGUCAGCAGUGUGCAAGAAACAGGCAGACAACUCUGUUGCCCUGAACCACUACUGUGAUCCAGAAACUAAGCUGAAAGAAAGACAAAGAGUUUGCAAUACUGAGCCCUGUCCUGCAGACUGGUUUGUGGGAGAGUGGUCAGAAUGUAGUCGGACUUGCAAUGGAGGACUGCGCACACGGAGUGUUGUAUGCAAAAGAAGAAUUUCUGCAACAGAGACUAAGGCACUGGAUGAUGAUGCCUGUCCAAAGUCAAGACCCAAGAUGGUGGAGGCUUGCAGUAAUCAAACAUGUCCACCUGAAUGGGUAUCAUUAGACUGGUCUGAGUGCACCCCAAACUGUGGGCCUGGCUUCCGUUAUCGAAUAGUGUUGUGCAAGAGUGGUGACCACAGUAUGACUCUGCCGACAUCACAGUGUCCCCAAGAAACAAAGCCUUCCACCAGUAUGAGAUGUCACCUGCGGCGCUGUUCUCCGCCUCGAUGGGUAACAGGUGAAUGGAGUGAGUGUUCUUCUCCAUGUGGUUUUGGUCAGCAAAUGCGAUCAGUUCAAUGUUUAGCGUACUCUGGCCAGCCCUCCACUGAAUGUCCAGACUCUCUACGACCUGGCUCUAUGCAGCAAUGUGAAAGCAAGUGCGAGAGUGAACCCACAGAAAACCCGGAAGAAUGCAAGGAUGUUAACAAAGUUGCCUACUGCCCUCUGGUGCUGAAAUUUAAAUUCUGCAGCCGGGCUUACUUCAGACAGAUGUGCUGCAAAACAUGCCAUGGAUAUUAAACUUCUAGAAGCUUCUAAAAAAUGGACACAUUUGUAUUAACCUUUUAAAUAUAUAUCAUCACACCUGGAGAAGAAGACCAUCUACUUUUUCUGAACACAGUCACACAAGAGAACAAUGCUGAUGUUAACCCAGUCAUUUAUAGACUCCUUACUGUGGCUAACGUUACAGUUUCACUUCACUGACGUACAGCUAAAAGUGGUGCUAGUUCAUACGGUCACAUGAUGGGAAUCAACUUAAACUUUGGCACAAUUCAUCUUUAUACUAGGUGCUAUGUUGGUGCUAUUGUUUAUUUUUCUUUAGCUGCUAUUUCAAAAUGUCUGUCAUGUAGCCAAAAUGUAUAUUUUUAUUUUAUUUUUACUUAUUUGUUACAUUGCCAAAUCCACUAUACACAAUUGCCUCUUUUUUUUGGGGGGGGGGAGUGACCCAGGAUCAGUGACUUCUUAAGAGAUGCACAGUAAUAAAUGUAAUCCGAGGGAAUCAAACCAAGAACUACAUGAUGAAGUUUGUUAGAGUUUAAUACCCUUAAUCUAAUGCUUAAAUUGCCAGACAUUACAUGGAUAUGAUGUCAAGAUGUUACCACUUUUCUGUAUUUUCCUGGUAGCCAGCAGUAUCUGUGCAUUUCUUUUUGGGCAAUACUCUACAGAGAUGCAGGGAGGAUUCAGGCAUUUUAGUGAUGCUUUUAAUCAUAUUAAAAUUUGUGCCUCACCUACAACUGGAUAAAACAGAAGAUAAGUGACUGAUAAUGAAGUACACAACAGAACCAAGUCUUCACUCUCAGUUACGGAACAGUGAGAGAAUUUAAAGGACUUUAACUGACUUACAUCAGGGAGGAUUACAUAUUGCCAAAGAAGUUAGUGCAGUUUGAUACAUUUUUGAGUCUGUAAUCUGUGGCCUUGGUUAUUAAAUGAAUUACCCCCUAACUUGUUGUAUUUAUCUCAUGUAGGGACUUUUCUGAUGUGGUUUAAUAAUUUAACACUGUAAAGAGGAUGCAUUUAGUAUGCAUAGUUAUUGUUUUAUUUAGUGUUGUCAAGUCAGAGAAAAUGCAUAGAGACGAGACUGCAGAACAUUCUGUCUGAAAUAUUUUCCCAGGAGAGGUAGAGAAGGAAAAAUGCAUAUGCAUGAAACAAGGAACAAAUGUAUUGUACCAUGGAAACAAGAAUGCCCCUGUUUGCUAUUUUCUGACAUUUUAAGUACUAAUGAAUAAAAUCCCCUUUUUUCAGGGUAUCAUGAGUUAUACCCAGAUGGUUUCCCAUCUAUUUGCAAAAUGUGAAAAUGGUACAAGACACAGUACAUAUCCGUAUUUGAAUACUAAAUCCAUUAGGUUUUUAAACAGCACACUGCUUAAUAUGUCUGAAAAGAGAUGUUAAAAACAGUAAAGUCACAAAUUGAGAUACCCUUAAAUGCAGCACAGAUCUCUGGUUUACGGUUAAACUGGCAAAACACUUUAAAUAAAUGCAACCUUCUUCCUGUUUU